AUGAAAUUUCUGCUUCGUGCAUUAAUCAUUUUAUCUUUUAGUGGGAGCACUGUUAAACUCAUCAAUCGUCCAUGGAUUUCAGCUGUGGGAUCGUUCAGCAAACAAUUUUUAUCCUUUGUCACUCCACAACUAUUGGCUGAAGGACGUAAACACUAUAACUGUCCUAAUCUGGAUGGGAUUGAUAUAGAGAAUGAAGGUGGUGAAGGAACCGUUGGCACACAUUUUGAAAAACGCACAGUUGGUGAUGAAAUUAUGGCAGGUGUAACUGGCGUGAAGACAGUGGCAUCACGAUUGACACUGGCAUUCUUUAAGGAUUCUGGUUGGUGGGACGUCGAUUUCUCACUCGCUGAAAAAUGGGACUAUGGCAAAGGACUCGGCUGUAGCUUUGUAAUGGAAAGCUGUUAUGCGUAUAUCACCAGAAUGAAGCAACAGGGAAAGAGUAUUGAACCGUAUUGUGAAGAGAAGAGUGAUUUGAUGUGUUAUCACAAAACCGCCUUUGGACUAUGUUCUGUUGCUCAGUUUACUACAAGUUUACCUCCACCUGAGCAAUAUUUCAGAGGUAUUCCUAAUCAAGGCGGGAGUAGUACACUGGUGGACAGAUGUCCAAUGGUUCAGAUUUCUUGUUCUGGUGGUCUCAAAGUAGUUGUCGGUGGACAACCGUUCCCCUGUCAAUCAGGUGUGGCAAGAAUUCAAACGAAGCAGAUUACUGGGGAGGCUAUCUGUCCACCACCAAAUGAAGUUUGUGGAGUAAGAAACAUUUACAUGGGAAAUUAUACUAUUAUAUUAUACUAUGUCUAG